CGCGAAGCCCGGCGUCGCCUCGCCUCCCGGCUCACCCCUGCGCCUCCUGCGUGCUCCACUUUCCAGCUCCGCUAUUGUUGCAGACUGUCUUCUGCUGGCCAUCCUUCCACCGAAACUUACAAAGAAAGUGUCGGAUUUGCCCUUGCUGGAGCUGAGGGAUUCAGACCACCUCUGCGCAGCCGGAUCUCACCCACCCCCGUCCCCUUCUGGUACCAAAGUGCUCACUGCUCUCCGAAGUGCCAUGCCUGAACUGUUACGGGGAAGAAGGGGCUCCUGAGCCGUGCCGCACCUCGGCACCUGUCUUGCGCUUCCCCUCUCUCGGCCACCUCCCCUGGCCGAAGCAGCACCGAGGGAGCCCCCUUUGGAUGCCCUCCGUGGAGACUGCUUCUCCGAGGCCGGAGCGCUGAGGCUGGAUUUGGGGAGGAAUACGAGACUUGGAGGAGUCUGCGCGCUCUACUCCUGCCCGCGCCUCUCGGUCCCCGUGCUCGCUCCCCCACCCCACCCACUUCCUGUGCGCGCCCGGGGGGCGUGUGCCGAGCCGCUGCCGGAGUUCUGGGAAGUUGUGGCUGUCGAGGAUGGGGGUCUGUGGGUACCUGUUCCUGCCCUGGAAGUGCCUCGUGGUCGUGUCUCUCAGGCUGCUGUUCCUUGUACCCACAGGAGUGCCCGUGCGCAGCGGAGAUGCCACCUUCCCCAAAGCUAUGGACAACGUGACGGUCCGGCAGGGGGAGAGCGCCACCCUCAGGUGCUCCAUUGACAACCGGGUCACCCGGGUGGCCUGGCUGAACCGCAGCACGAUCCUCUACGCCGGGAACGACAAGUGGUGCCUGGACCCACGCGUGGUCCUCCUGAGCAACACCCAGACUCAGUACAGCAUCGAGAUCCAGAACGUGGACGUGUACGACGAGGGCCCGUACACCUGCUCCGUGCAGACGGACAACCACCCCAAGACCUCCCGGGUCCACCUCAUCGUGCAAGUCUCUCCCAAAAUUGUAGAGAUUUCUUCGGACGUCUCCAUUAACGAAGGCAACAACGUCAGCCUCACCUGCAUAGCGACGGGCAGACCGGAGCCCACGGUCACCUGGCGGCACAUCUCCCCCAGAGCUGUGGGCUUUGUGAGCGAAGACGAGUACCUGGAGAUCCAGGGCAUCACGCGGGAGCAGUCGGGGGACUACGAGUGCAGCGCCUCCAACGACGUGGCUGCACCGGUGGUCCGGAGAGUCAAGGUCACGGUGAACUAUCCACCAUACAUCUCAGAGGCCAAGGGUACAGGCGUCCCCGUGGGACAGAAGGGGACACUGCAGUGUGAAGCCUCCGCAGUCCCCUCGGCAGAGUUCCAGUGGUACAAGGACGACAAGAGGCUGGUUGAAGGGAGGAAGGGGGUCAAAGUGGAAAACAGACCUUUCCUCUCGAAGCUCAUCUUCUUCAACGUCUCCGAAGCUGUGAGCACCCCGCACUCACCCCGCCCCGCGGAUGCCGUGGCACGGCGGGUCCAGGCCCAGCCUGCCCCGAGUGGCCGCCUGUGCUGCUCCGCGGCCCCACCUCUGCUUCCAGGUCCCUUUCUGCCCCGCUCUUCCCCAGCACGGAAACAAAGCCCGGCUCUACCCAGCAGGGCUGGGACGGGGGCAGUGCUGCCCUCGACCCCAGAGCUGGUGGAUCCGACCGGGCAGAGCUGUGACCAGAAUGCACGAAGCAGCUUCGCGCUGGCUUUAUCGCUGCUGUCUAAUGCCCUGGCCUCGUCCCCUGAGCCGUCUAAUGAUGAGAAGAGGGAGCAGAGCAACUUUCAGAGGGAAAUCGCUGGCGUUCAUGGCAGGCAAGCCAGGCUGGGAGGGGAGAGGGCAAGAGACAGCGCCGACACCUCAAAGCCCAGAGACCCGCAUGAAGCCAAAGGCCGAGAGAGGGAGGCUGAGCCAGCAGGCAGGGAGUCAGCCCAGCCCUGGCCCAGCGACAGCAGCAAACGCCGCGAGCGCGAAGGCAGGUGGUACUUGAGCCAGGUCUUCCACUGCCUCGUCCAGAUGCGAGAGAGGCCCAGUGCUGCAGGCCGGAGCCCAGGCGCUGCCUUCAGACCAGUGACUGACAGGACAGAUGCCAGGCAGGCCGGCUCCCCUCUCCUCAGCUGCGCCCACGGGACCGAGGCUGUGGAGGGCUCCUGCCAGCGCGGCCUGGCGUGCCGUGCGGAGCCGGACCGCGGACCCGAGGUGAGCAACGGGACGCCCCGGAGGGCAGGCUGCGCGCGGCUGCUCCCGCUCCUCGUCUUGCGCCUCCUCCUCCUCCUCGAGUUUUGAUGUGAGUGCCACCUCCCCUGCCGGGGACGAGCCGCUGCCGCUGCGACCACAGCGCAUCCGCAACGGCAAGACAGCGACCCGAGCACCCCUGUCCCAAGUCAGACGUAACCCCACGAAACUCAGAGAAGCAGAGCCUGACGGGACGCAGUUUCCGGGGGGGCAGAGUACUCUGGGGAAGCAAGGUGAACAAGGAAAUUGGAAGCCGCCUUACAGAGAUGUAGGUACAACUGAGUUUUCUUUCUUUCUUUCUUUCUUUUUUUUCCAAACGGGAAGAAGGCACGCGGGCUGUGGACCCACCUGCACGCUGCAUCGUGUGGCCUCUGUGACCAGGCGGGCAGGGCUCAGCCGCUCUGCCCACCGCGGUGCCCCCCACCAAGGAAACUUCUGGAGUCGGCCACCCCACGUUCCGUCAAUAGAGACAAACGCAGUGAGACGUGCGGGCCCAGGGGUGCCGCAGUGGCCCGGCUCCCAGACUGUGUCACUAUUGUGUGUGUGAUGAAAUGCAGAAUCAAAAAAAAUAAAUAAAUAAAAAGGAAACGAAACAAGACAGCCUGAGGGCUACAGCAGCCCCGCAACCGAGAGUCACAAAAGAUGUCGUUAAGCUUUGGUUUGUUUUCCAUUCGACUACAUGGACAUCACGGAUAAUAAGGGAUUCUGAGUCAUUAUUAAUCUCAUUAAUUAUAUUUUCUGAUACGCAUCUAAAACUUAGUGCAAAAACAAGACACAACUAAAAGGAUACACAAAUGAAAGGAGCGAAGAGAAGUAUGUUUGUUAAACAUUAAACAUGAAUAGUGUGUUGUUACCUAGGUUUACACUCGGUGGACCACACGCCAGGCAUCAACCCCCUGGUGAGGAUUUGGCAAAUCCACCAAAAAAAAAAAA